CCUUUUUUACUCCCUUCCUCCCCCCCCCCUCUCUCUCUCUCUCUCUCUGUGAAUCCAAAGCCACCGAUUCAGAUUCCCACACCGUCUUUCCUUCCUGCUUGCUCUACUCGCCGGGUCAACUCGCUUCUCCAUUUUUAGUAAAUACCAUUCAGCUUGAUCACUCAAUUUCACGGUGAGUUCUUCGCAUUUUAUCUAAUUCUUUACAUAGCUCAACAAAGGAAGCUACUUCGCUCUCUGGGUAGCUGUGGAUUUGGUGGAAUUUUGUGUUUUGCUUGUUAGUUGGUAAUUGGGUUUGAUUUCAUGAAGUUAGGUGAUGAAAAUUUGUUGUUAUAUGGGUCCCGAGUGAUUUUUACAUUUUGGUCUUCGAUGAAUCUGAGGGAAUUUUUUAAGAUCACAAGUGGGAUAAUCAUACUAGUUCUGUAUUAAGCUUUUAAGCCUAGUAGAGAAUCCGACAGAGAUUUCAAGUUGGGAGCAGCGGGGGUUAGUUAGGGUUUCGUUUUCCAAUGGCGGCAUCUGUGAAUGAGAAUUCAGGCUCUAAGGAUGGCAUUGGGAAUUUGGUAGCUGCGACGAAAUCAUUGAAACUAAGCUUAGAGAAGUCAAAGGCAUUAGGGUUAGCGCUUAAGAAAGCAGGGCCUAGAUUAGAUGAGAUUAACCAGAGAUUGCCUUCUCUGGAGGCUGCAGUGCGCCCAAUCCUUGCAGAUAAGGAUGCACUUGUAGCUGUUGGUGGUCACAUUAACCGUGCGGUGGGGCCUGCCGCAGCAGUGCUAAAGGUUUUUGAUGCAGUUCACGGACUUGAAAAGUCAUUGUUGUCUAAUCCGCAGAAUGAUCUACCUGGCUAUUUAUCAGUUAUAAAGCGUCUAGAGGAGGCAUUGAGGUUUUUACGGGAUAAUUGUGGAUUGGCAAUUCAGUGGUUGGAGGAUAUAGUGGAGUAUCUGGAGGAAAAUACAGUUGCAGAUGAACGAUACCUUUUGAAUAUGAAGAAGUUAUUGAAGUGUCUUAGGGAUUUUGGAAAUAAGGAACAAAGACAGUGCCUUGAUGGUGGGCUUUUAGAUACUGCGUUGGAUAAAUUGGAGAGUGAGUUUCAGCGACUCUUGAUGGAACAUACUGUGCCGCUUCCAAUGUCUUCUUCAUUAUCACUGGGUGAGCAGGCAUGCAUUGCACCAUCCCCUUUGCCAGUUACUGUCAUCCCAAAGUUGCAGGCAAUUCUGGGAAGAUUAGUUGCUAACAAUAGACUGGAGAAAUGCAUAUCCGUUUAUGUUGAAGUUCGAAGCUCGAAUGUAAGAGCGAGUUUGCAGGCACUUGAUUUGGAUUACCUAGAGAUAUCAGUAUCUGAAUUUAAUGAUGUGCAGAGCAUAGAGGCGUACGUAUCCAAGUGGGGGAAGCAUUUGGAGUUUGCAGUGAAGCAUUUGCUGGAGGCUGAGUACAAGCUUUGCAGUGACGUAUUUGAGAGGGUUGGAGUUAACGUAUGGAUGGGUUGCUUUGCUAAGAUAGGUUCACAGGCAGGUAUGCUUGCAUUUCUUCAAUUUGGGAAGACGGUUACAGAGAGUAAAAAAGACCCGAUCAAACUAUUGAAAUUGCUUGAUAUAUUUUCUUCUCUGAACAAAUUGAGACUAGAUUUCAACCGGCUUUUUGGUGGAGCAGCUUGCCUCAAAAUCCAAGACCUAACAAGGGAGCUCAUUAAGAGGGUGAUUGAUGGGGCAGCUGAGAUUUUCUGGGAGCUAUUGGUUCAAGUGGAGUUACAGAGGCAAAUAGCUCCUCCUCCAGAUGGAGGUGUCCCUAGAUUGGUAAGCUUUAUAACUGAAUACUGUAAUAAACUACUCGGGGAUGAUUAUAAGCCAAUCCUUACCCAGGUUCUGGUCAUUCACCGAAGUUGGAAACACGAGAAGUUUCAAGAGAGACUCCUCAUUACUGAGAUGUUGAAUAUCAUUAAAGCUGUUGAGCUGAAUUUGGAGACAUGGAUAAAGGCUUAUGAAGAUACUACGUUAUCCAACUUUUUUGGUAUGAACAACCACUGGCAUUUAUAUAGGCACUUGAAGGGAACCAAGCUUGGUGAUCUCUUGGGGGAUUCAAGGCUAAAAGAACAUGAACAGUACAAGGACUACCAUGUCGCAAUUUUCUUGAGAGACAGCUGGGGAAAGCUUCCGGGUCAUUUAAGCCGAGAAGGCCUAAUUUUAUUUUCUGGUGGGCGGGCCACUGCUCGUGAUCUUGUCAAAAAGAGGCUGAAGACAUUCAAUGAAACUUUUGAUAACAUGUAUAAGCAGCAGUCAAACUGGAUUGUGUCGGAGAGAGAUCUCCGGGAGAAGACUUGCCAGCUUAUAAUUCAGGCCGUAGUGCCUGUUUAUCGAAGCUUUAUGCAGAACUACGGACCGUUGGUUGAGCAAGAUGCAAGCUCCAAUAAAUAUGUGAAAUACUCGGUGCAGACUUUGGAGCAAAUGCUUCUCUCUCUUUUCCAGCCAAAGCUGGGAAGAUACGGUAGUUUGAUAGUGAGGGAUUCUAGUGGGAAGUUGAACAAUGGGGUAGCGGACCUUCGUCGUACUACCUCUGCUGUUGUGUGAGUGAUUAUCCUGUCAUCGACAGUUUUCGUGGUUAACCCAAAAAGAACUUAGAACCGGUUACCACAUAUUGACGUCAACCUCACCAUUAUUUGGCAGUUAGUUAUUUAUCGGUGAACAUACAUCCUUUCUCUGUCCUUAUACAUGGGUACUGGAGUUGCUUGAAACACAAUCAUUCCUGGAAAUUCUAUACUAGCUCAAUUGGCUUGAUGGUUCAGCAGCAGCAGCACAGACGGAGAUCAAAGUGCAGCAGCCGUUGGGAUAUGAACAUUCUGGACUGAUGGACAAUGCAUCGCAUCGAGUUAUAUGUAGUCCUAUUAUUAUUUGGUUACUAGAUGGGUGUAGAGACUAGCGAUGAUUAUAGCAUCAAUUCAUCAGGACUAUCCGAAAUGGGUCAUAAAUGUUGGAGAUGCUCUUCUUUUUUUGUAUGUUGGUUGGAGUAUCACAGCUACCAAAGUUAUUGUAAGCAAUGGAAUAUGGGUUUAUCUCUGCACUCUCUGUUCAUGUCUUCCUAUCUUGAGAGGGAGAAAUAUGAAGGAAAAAAAAUAAAAUGGAUCAGAGAUGUUGAUAAGCAUACACAAUGGUGGUUUAUACUUAUAUGGGAUGAUACAGAAUUGAAUAUGAUUGAGAGAGAAAGAUUGGGUGGGGAGUGGGGAUUGACUAAGAUAAGGUAUCUUUCUGCUCUGGGGCGGCUAUGAUGUGACAUUAUUAUUAUGUAAAAACUUCAAACCGCACAUGCAUAAACAGAGCGUGAAUUGAUUUCUGUUCUUUGAAAAAUCCAAAUAAUUUCAGCUUAAAAUUUUAUUA